UUUACGAAUUUUGAAUUUUAUUUUGAAUGAUAAAUUCGUAAAUUUAAAUAAAUCGGAAUUUUAUGAGAGAAUGAAGAAACUACAAGUUUUGAAAAAUUCAGUUUGAAUUAUGUAAUCUUUUCUUCAAAGCAAUUUUUAUAAAUAAAAUUUUUAAAUUUAGUCAUUUUCUAAUUAAUUCAUUCAAAUUCAAAAUAUGAUUAAAACUGAUUUAAAUAGUUUUCAUUUUUUGAAUUAUAUUCAUGUUCUCAAAUGAGAAGAUACACUUCCGGUUGGUAGCCUUUGAAAGCUAUGGAAUAACUCUUAUGGGAAGAACUGGAUCUCUCGCACAACUGCCGGACGCUUGAGAAUACCAUACGGAGCUUCGAAGAAAAACUAUAAAUCAAGGACAUAAAAUGAUCAGGGUUCGGAGUACGAUGAUAAUCCCAGGAGAACGGUGAUAAUCCCGAAAAUCUCAUAAUAAUCCCAAAAAUCCCAGAGUACGAAAUCCACCGUUUCCUCCUUGAUAGAAAUCUAUAAAGUCAUACUUUUAUUUCUUACAUCUGUUUGUUAUCUUCUUUUUGUCUAAAAUGAAUAGUUGUUUAUAUUCCCACAGAGAUUUGACAUUUUCUAUGAUGAAUAUCAAUAAUUACGUCGUCAAUAUUUAUCAGACAAAGAUAUUUCCCUUUAAAUUAUUCUUUACCUUUUCCUUUUUGUUCUUUUUGUUAAUAAAAGAACGUAUCCAAACAUUUGAUUUAUUUUAGUAUAAUAAAUAACAAUAAAUAUUCUCAUGAAUCUUCAUUAAAUUCAUUUAUUGAUCGUCAUUUAUAACAACAAUCAUCAUCUGUAUUAAAUAAUGAAAUUUUAAUAAAAGUAAGGUUGAGACUAGUGGCGUAACCAGGGUAGGGCCAGGGGGGCUCAGCCCUACCACCAGGGUUAGCAUCGUCAGUUAAAUCCUUUCAUGAGCCCUACCACUUCACAGACUUCAGUAACCUGAGCCCUACCACCUCACAGACUUCAGUAACCUGAGCCCUACCACCGCCAAAAUCCUGGUUACGCCGCUAGUUGAGACACUUUUUUUUUUGUUCGAUAACUAAUCAAAUGAGAAAAAAGAUCACCUGCUGACUUUUUUUAUUGUUUUCACGCAUUGGAAUAGUUAAUAUGAUGACCUUGUUAUUACUCUUGAGACCGAAAAAUGAUGAUCUAAACAAUGAAUUGAUCGAUUUUUUUAUGUAAAUAAAUUCUAUGUGAAUUUUAGAAUAUAAUUUUUCAUCGAAAUCAUCCAAAUGAAAGAUUAGGUUUAACUCUUUGUUAUGGUAUAACAUCAAAAUCAACUACUAAUAUUUAUAUUCAACAAAGUAUAGCAGGUCAUCAGGGUGAACUUCGAAGUGGUGAUCAAAUUAUUAAAAUAAACAAUCAUCGUGUUAUAAGUCGAGACGAAGCAAUCAAUCGUGUAAAUGGUACUUGCCAUAUUCUUUUACAAAUUGUUCGUUUUCAAGUUAAUUGUCUACCAAUAAUUCAGUCAAUACCAUUAACUGAAGAUGAUAAUGGUGUUGUUCUUGCUUGUAAUACAGAUAUUGAAACAACAAAUCAAAAAUCUUCAAAUGAAUGUAAUAAUUUAAUAAAAAGCUGUAUUAGUUUAUCAUCAUCUACAUUAAAUAAUAAUAGUUUAUAUUGUCGUCGUAUACAAUCUUAUACAGAUCAAUUUCAAUAUAGUCGUUGUUUAUCAUUAAAUGAUUUAAGAUCAUGUAUAAAACAUGAAGAAAAACAAAUUCAAUAUAAAAAACCUUUAAUUCGUUCUCAAAGUCUUUUGGAAAUAACAACAGAUAAUGAACAAAUUAUACUUAAACCAUUACCAUUUAAUAAUCAAUCACAACAAAAUUUAAUUGUUAAACGUCGAAAUGAUAGUGGUAGUAGUCGAUCAAAAUCAAUUGAUUCAUAUCAUUCUCAUUACAAUAAUAAUCAUAAUCAAUGGACAUUAAAACAUUUUCGACGUCGUUGUCGUGAACAACGUUUAAAAGAACAAUAUCAAACAACAGAUGAUAAACCAAUGAGUGAAUUAAAACAAGGUAAAUAUUGGACACGACAACAACGUAAAGAACAUUUAGCUAAAACAAACCAAUAUCGACAACGUGCAAAAUUUUUUCAACAAUGUUCAAUAAUACCUUAUUCAGAUUCAGCAACAGAAGAUUUUAAUUUAUUAAAUCGUAUAUUCAUUCAAGAAAAUCAACAAGAAUUAAAUGAAAAACUAUAUUUAGCUUAUAAAUAUGGACAACAAUCAUCAAUUGAAAGAAAUCGAUUAAAACGAAUGAUUCAACAACAUUAUUUUAAUAGAAUUAAAUCUCAAUCAACUACAACUAUAUCAAUUUCUAGUACAAUUAAUCAACCUCCAUUGAAAGAAAAACAUAAGAAAUAUAUACGUAAAUCACAAAUACAAGAUGAUGAUGCUAUGGACACAAAUCAAUCAUCAUCAAUGAAUGGUAUUCAAAUCGGUGCUAAUAAUACAAUGAAAAAUCAAAAUUAUCUGCCUUAA